CAGAGAUUCAUCAGGAUGAGCAUGUGGGCUCCACCAAGGCUCCUGGAACUGGCUGGGCAGAGUCUGUUGAGGAAUGAGGCCUUGGCAGUUGCUGCUCUGGAGGAGCUCCCCACAGAGCUCUUCCCACCUCUCUUCACGGUGGCCUAUGCUGAGCGACGCAGUAAGACCCUGAAGGCGAUGGUGCARUCCUGGCCCUUUGCCUGCCUCCCUCUAGGAUCCCUGAUGAAGGAGUGGCAGCCUCACCAGGAGAACUUCCAAGCUGCACUCAAUGGGCUUGAUGUGCUGCUUGCUCAGGAAGUUCGCCCCAGGAGAUGGAAACUGCAAGUGCUGGAUUUACGCAAGAAUGCUCAUCGGGACUUCUGGACCAUAUGGUCUGGAAGCAGAGCUAGUGUGUACUCAUUGAUGGAGCCAGAGGCCGCCCAGCCCAUGAAGAAGAAGCGAAGAGUGGACGGUUGCAGAAUGAGGGGGAAGCAGCCCUUGGCUCCUGUAGAAGUGCUUAUAGACCUGUGCCUCAAGGAAGGCAGCCGUGAUAAAUUGCUUGCUUCCCUCAUUGAGAAGGUCAAGCAAAAGAAAGGUUUACUACACCUGUGCUGUAAGAAAUUGAAGAUUUUUUCAGUGCCCAUGCAGAAUAUUAAGAUGAUCCUGAAAAUGGUGCAGCUGGACUCUGUCCAGGAUUUGGAAGUGAAUUGUACCUGGAAAUUGUCCACCUUAGGGAAGUUUGCUCCUCAUCUAGGGCAGAUGGGUAAUCUGCGCAGGCUCCUCCUGUCCCACAUCCACAUGUCUUCCUACACUUCCUUGGAGGAGGAAGAGCAUUGCGUUAGUCAGUUCACCUCUCAGUUCCUCAGUCUUCAUCACCUCCAGGAGCUGUAUUUGGAUUCUGUCUCCUUCCUCAAAGGCCGUCUGAACCAAGUGCUCAGGUCCCUGAAGAGUCCCUUGGAGACAUUGUCAAUCACUAACUGCCUGCUUUCAGAGUCAGAUUUGACACAUCUGUCCCAAUGCCCCAACAUCAGUCAGCUGAAGGAUCUGGGUUUGAGUGGGGUCAAUCUGACCUGUGUAAGUUUUGAGCCCCUCCAGGUUCUAUUAGAGAGAAUCUCCACCACUCUCCAGGAUCUGGACUUAGAUGAAUGUGGGAUCAUGGACUCCCAGUUCACUGCUAUCCUGCCUGCCUUGAGCCACUGCUCCCAGCUCACAACCUUCAGCUUCUGUGGGAAUCCCAUCUCCAUGGCUGUGUUAGAGAACCUCCUGCUCCACACCAUUGGGCUGAGCAAGUUAAGUCAUGUAAUGUAUCCUGCCCCACUGGAGAGUUAUGAAGAUGUUGAGGGUACCCUCCACCUGGGGAGACUUGCCUACCUGCAUGCCAAGCUGAAGCAAAUGCUGCGCGAUUUGGGGAGGCCAGGCAUGGUCUGGUUCAGUGCCAACCCCUGUCCUCACUGUGGUGACAGGACCUUCUAUGACCCAGAACCCAUUCUGUGUCCCUGUUACAUGCCUACUUAG